ACCCGUUGACUUAAAAGUUAAACCAGCUUUAGCUUUUCAUUUUCCUGUUGAUCUUAAUCAGAUUCAGUUUGCUAAUUAAUAUUAUUCAAACUCAAAUUAAGCUGAAAUUCCCAAUUCAUCCGAUCCUCAAUUUUGAUCAUUUUCUGCCUAAGGAAUUCUUAAAUGAGAAAAAGAGAGCGUGAUUUUUGUCCAUUUUUAUUUCCCUCCGCCGUCUACGGCUCUCCGUCGUCUUCUCUGUCAUCAACAUCAUCACCUCCCUCAUCACCUCCGGCGCCAUCUUAUUCCGACGCUCAGUCUUCUUCUCAUUAUUACUGUUCUUCGCCUAGUAUUACCUCUCCGUUCGUAUAUCCGUCAAGUACUCAUCCAUUGUCUCCGGAAACGGCUACUAACUCUCCGACCGACUUCGGAAAUCUUAAUCAGCAAUACGCUGAAGAUAUUUUAGCUGAUCAGUUUCCACCGACCGGAAUUUCUCAAAUUCCUCGACCUCAAGACUCAACAUUACUGCUUUUUCCUAAUGAACCACAACCUUUCAGCAGUGGCCUACAAAUAAACGAGGCUCUACAACUGCAAUUAGAAGUCCAGCGGCGUCUGCACGAACAACUAGAGGUUCAAAAACAACUACAGUUACGGAUCGAAGAACAAGGCAGACGACUUGAGGAAAUAAUUAACGAACAACAACAGAGGGCAAACAAAUGAGUUCGGUGUCCAAGAUGGAGAGAUUUCAAUUGUAGAUGGAUCUAAUGUUUGAUCAUAUUCUGCCUAAGAAAUUCUUAAAUGGGAAAAAAGGAGCGUGAUUUUUGUCCAUUUUUAUUUUCCUCAGCCGUCUACGGCUCUGCGUACUCUCCGCCGUCGUCGAUACCAUCGCCUCCGUCAUCGUCGCCAUAUUAUUCCUCCACUAAGUCUUCUUCUCACCAUUACUGUUCCUCACCUAGUAUUACCUCCCCGUUCGUAUAUCCGGCAAGUACUCAUCCAUUGUCUCCGGCAACGGCUACUAGCUCUCCGGCUGACUUCGGAAAUCUUAGUCAGCAAUACGCUGAACAGCGUUCUUCAGCUAAUUGUAAUGAAGAAAUUAUAGUUGAUGGAGUGUUCGGAGCCAAUAUGAUCAAGUUUCACCAGUUUAAGAGAGGGCUAGAGGAAGCUAGUAAAUUCAUUCCUAGAGCCAAUCAACUAGUUAUUGAUUUAGAGAGCAACUCGUUUGCCAAUGAGCCGAAGGAAGAGACUCCAUUGUUCGCAGUGAAGGAGGAGAAAGUUGAGAAGCCGAUAUUCUCACCCGAUGAGGGGCCAAUGGACUGGGAAAAGAACAAUCAAGGUGAUUCAGAUUCAGAACAAGGGAGUAGUAACAAGAAGCCAGCAAUAUAUGGGGACGAAAGGGAUGAAAUGCCAGAGUUAUUCGAUAAGGUAUUGCUUUGGCCUGGUUUGAAGAGCACUACAGAAUGGUGUUAUGGAACUCGAAUGAGGCAGGAUAGCACCCCACAGUCAAAUGACCAAUCAAAUGUAUCAGCCGGUGGAAAGGCUCGUGCUAUAAAACCGGUGAGAAAGAAGGAAAUAAUAGAUUUGGGAAGCCUUCUGAUUCUUUGUGCACAAGCUGUCUCCAGGAAUGACUUCAGGACAGCUAAUGAGCUUCUGGAGCAGAUUAGGCAACACUCGUCCCCUACAGGUAAUGGGUCUCAGAGACUAGCGCACUACUUUGCCACUGGUCUCGAGGCACGUUUGGUGGGCAGUAGCGCUGGAUUGCCGAACCUUUAUAUGAAUCUUGCUUCAAAGAGAACGACUGUUGCUGAUAAACUGAAUGCUUAUAAAACUCAUCACAGUUGCUGCCCUUUUGAGAAGCUCUCAAUUUUUUUUGCAGCUAAAAUGAUUUUUCAUGCAGCUGAAAAGUCAAAAACUCUUCACAUUAUUGAUUUUGGCAUUCUUUAUGGUUUUCAGUGGCCAAUUCUUAUCCAGCAUCUCUCCAUGCGUGAAGGAGGACCUCCUAAGGUACGCAUUACCGGGAUAGAGCUACCCGAGCGUGGUUUCCGGCCAAUGGAAAGAAUUGAGGAUUCGGGACGUCGAUUAGCAAGCUAUUGUGAACGCUUUCAUGUUCCAUUUGACUACAAUCCUAUUGCUGCUCAGAACUGGGAAAGCAUACAGAUUGAGGAUCUUAAGAUUAGAACCGACGAGGUGCUUGCUGUGAAUUGUAUGGGUAGGUUUAAGAACCUACUUGAUGAGACAGUUGAAUUGGACUGCCCAAGGAAUGCGGUUCUUGAUUUGAUUCGGAAGAUAAAACCCAAUAUCUUUGUUCAUUCUAUCAUUAACGGAUCCUAUAAUGCUCCGUUCUUCUUUACGAGGUUUAGGGAUGCGCUUUUCCACUUCUCAUCAAUGUUUGAUAUGUUUGAUUCUACUUUACCUCGUGAAGAUGAAGGAAGAAUGAUCUUAGAAAAUGAGAUGUAUGGGCGAGAGGCCAUUAAUGUCGUGGCGUAUGAAGGCGUGGAAAGGGUUGAGAGGCCAGAAACAUAUAAGCAGUGGCAGGUCCGCAAUACCAGGGCCGGGUUUAAGCAGCUUCCACUAGACCAGGAGACCAUGGAAAAAUUAAGGGGGAAGUUGAAAAGCUACAAUAAAGAUUUUGUUCUUGACGAAGACAACAAUUGGAUGUUGCAGGGAUGGAAGGGUCGAAUUAUAUACGCUUCCUCGUGUUGGGUGCCUGCAUAGGCGUCCCGGAGGGCAUCUCGUAAAUUGGAACAUAGACUACUUUCCCAUGGAUAACCACAAAUUGAACAAAAGGUAUCAAUUGCUUUCAAGUUUCAAUGUACUUUUCUCAUUUUUGUCAUUGGAUCAAAUUGGUAUGCAUAUGUGUAAACACAUAACUUAUCCAGUAUGGAAAUGAAAGACUCUUAAACCGAAAAAUACCAAAACAGAAAAGGAAUGAAACAAUAUCAUUUGCAAGAAUCUUUGUUAUAUACAUUGUUUUGGAGUUUCAUAAACAAAGACGGAAAUGAAAUCCGAUACAGUAUUAAAUGCUUCUCAGCGGCACAUCUGAUGGAGGAUUGAGGAUUUGAUGGUUGCAACGCUACUCGUCAUUGUACGAAGUUCCAUAAUACUGACGCCAAGGAUAUAAAUUUUCUUUCGGAGCUUAGCAGUAGUGAGUUUCGGAACAAGCUAGAACCCUGUAUGUACAGGGCCUGUAAUGUAAACUAAUAAUAAUAAUGUUAGGUAUUUUGCUUUGGUUAGGAAAUGUUGUAAUCAAAUUAUGGGAUUUGUUUCCUGAUGAUUAGUUGAUUUUGUAUGUAAAUGCUUCUGAAUUUGAAUGUUAUGUUUUUGUCUGAUGUAUCAAAAUUUUAUUCAUGAAUAGAAAUGUGUUUGUUGAUUCA